CUCGCCGCCACCCACACCGACAACGACCACCUCUUGCUCGCCGUCCCCUCCGCCAUGCACACCAGCGAAUACGACUACCUCUUCAAGCUCCUCCUCAUUGGAGACUCCGGUGUCGGCAAGUCCUGCUUGCUCCUCCGUUUCGCGGACGACACGUACACGGAGAGCUACAUCUCGACUAUUGGUGUUGACUUCAAGAUCCGGACGAUUGAGUUGGAGGGCAAGACCGUGAAACUGCAGAUUUGGGACACUGCAGGGCAGGAGCGCUUCCGUACGAUCACGUCCUCGUACUACAGAGGGGCACACGGCAUCAUCGUCGUAUACGACGUCACCGAUAACGACACGUUCACGAACGUCAAGCAAUGGCUGCAGGAGAUUGACCGCUACGCGUCUGAGGGCGUGAACAAGCUCCUCGUCGGCAACAAGUCGGACUUGACCAGCAAGAAGGUGGUCGAGUACAGCGUGGCCAAGGACUUCGCGGACCAAUUGUCGAUUCCGUUCCUCGAGACCUCGGCGAAGAACGCUACCAAUGUCGAGCAGGCCUUCUUGACCAUGGCGAAGCAGAUUAAGGACCGGAUGGGAUCCACCUCCACCGCGUCCGGCCCCGGCAAGACCUCGACCGUCACGCCCGGACAGAGCGUGCAACAGCAGGCCUCGGGUGGCUGCUGCUAAGCAGCGUACCUACCCGCUCGCGCCUCUCUUCCGCUCGCCGCCUAUGCCCCGACCCUUACUGCCCGCCCCUCUAAGCGGGCCCACCUCAUCGGACAUCUCGCGUGUCUCGCCACCCUGCAAAUUUCCUCCCUCUUUAUACCGUUGCGCUUUCUCGCCCUCACUUACUGGGUAAACGAGUGGCAGUAGUAGACGUUGUCAGCUAGGCUACCGGGCGGAUGUGAACGUUGUUGUGUGAUAUAUUCCAGGAUGCUUGCUUGCCACUAAUACAGUACGGAUUCCCUUUAAACCG